AUGAGAAUUUUCAUAGAUUCGAAUCCCUCCAAAUACCAAACUCCUCCCACUAAAUCCACUCUCUGUGGCUCCCAAUUCCCUUCUCUUUCUGUCUUGCUUUCAUACUGUCCCCAGAAGUCUCUCCUUCUCUCAGCCAUAAUCUCAAGCACUUGUUGUACUUCACUGCCUUUUGUUUUUCCCUACUACUUGUCCCUGUCUUCUUCCUCUUCUCUUGUUUUCUACUGAAAGAACCAAACUUUUUGCUAUAUGAAGAAAAACCCACAAUUUUUUUUUUCACAUGACUAAAGACCCUUAUGGAUUGAUUGAGAUUUCAGAAUAGCAAAAGAAGCUAUGCAGCCUUCAUCUGUUUCUCAAGAACCCAUUAAUUUGUGGAACUCUGCAUCCCAAUUGGGUUCUUGUUUACUUGAUAAUUCUGUUAAGUUCAAUGGGAAUUUCAAUUAUGACGGCUACUCCUCAUUAUUGUCCAACAGUUUGCAUUUUGAUGGCUUAGUUAGUUCAUUUUCUCAAAAGAAGCCAAAUACUGUUGCUUCAUUGAGUUUGAGUACUAAAGGUGCUGCCUUUAGGAUUAGGAGAGUUUUGAAUCAGUUUAAUAGGUUCAUUAAGUUUAAUUGUGAGAAAAUCCCACUUGGGUUUGCCUCAUUAGGGUCUAAUUAUGGGGAAAGCAAUGGCUUUAGGGAGGAUGACAAUGGAGUUUGUGUGAGUGAGGGAGUGCCUGUUAAUGGUGUUGAAUCAGAAAAUCCUAAAAAAGUACUAAUUUUGAUGAGCGACACCGGUGGUGGUCACAGGGCGUCUGCUGAGGCUAUUAAGGCUGCCUUUAAUGAAGAAUUUGGGGAUGAUUAUCAGGUGUAUAUUACUGAUUUAUGGACUGAUCAUACGCCUUGGCCUUUCAACCAACUGCCAAGGAGUUAUAACUUCUUGGUGAAACAUGGACCUUUGUGGAAAAUGACAUAUUAUGCUUCUGCCCCACGUGUGGUUCAUCAAUCCAACUUUGCUGCAACAUCAACUUUUAUAGCUCGGGAGGUUGCUAAAGGUUUAAUGAAGUACCAACCAGAUAUUAUUAUUAGUGUACAUCCCUUGAUGCAGCAUGUCCCACUCCGUAUAUUGAGAGCAAAGGGUCUUCUGGAGAAGAUUGUAUUUACCACUGUGGUGACAGAUUUGUGCACGUGUCAUCCCACAUGGUUUCACAAGCUUGUAACAAGAUGCUACUGUCCAUCUGACGAGGUGGCAAAACGAGCAGUAAAAGCUGGAUUGAAGCCCUCCCAAAUCAAGGUUUAUGGCCUUCCAGUCCGACCUUCCUUUGUCAAGCCUGUUCGUCCUAAGGUUGAGUUGAGGAGGGAGUUGGGGAUGGACGAAUACCUUCCUGCUGUAUUGCUGAUGGGUGGUGGGGAAGGAAUGGGUCCUAUUGAGACUACUGCACGAGCUCUUGGUGAUGCAUUAUAUGAUGAAAGGACUGGGGAGCCCAUAGGUCAGGUCCUUGUAAUAUGUGGUCGCAAUAAAAAGCUUGCCAGCAGAUUGCUCGCCAAUGAUUGGAAGAUUCCGUUCCAAGUUAAGGGUUUUGUCACAAAAAUGGAGGAAUGCAUGGGCGCUUGUGAUUGCAUCAUUACCAAGGCUGGCCCAGGAACUAUUGCAGAAUCUAUGAUUCGAGGCCUUCCUAUAAUUCUCAAUGACUACAUUGCUGGGCAGGAAGCUGGAAAUGUGCCAUAUGUUGUUGAAAAUGGAUGCGGGAAGUAUUCAAAAUCUCCAAAAGACAUAGCUAGAAUAGUUUCUCAAUGGUUUGGUCCAAAGCAAGAUGAGCUAAAAGCCAUGUCACAGAAUGCACUGAGACUGGCAAAGCCAGAUGCUGUAUUUAAGAUUGUCCAUGAUCUACAUGAGCUCGUCAGACACAGAAUUUUUGUACCGCAAUACUGUUAAACCUACUGACUAAAUUUAAGUUUUGAUUCAUUUUACCAAAAAAGAAAAAAAAAAGUGCUGUUUUUACACAAUAAACAA